GUUCAGCACAACCACAACCUAGUGCUUCUUCUCCGAGUGAGGCAGAAAUCCGAUGGGCUGGCGAGGAAUCAGCGAGGCGAUUAUCGGGCUCGCGAGCCGCGACUGCAGAUGUCAAAGCACACUAUCGCUGGAUGGCACAAAACUUGUUGCAGGAGCAUCAAAGAGAACAAAGACGAAAAAGUUCUUCAGAAGCCGGCCACGACGACAAGCACGACAAGCAAGAACCGAUCAGAGAUCUUUCGCCUCGCGGGUGGUCGAGGCUCCGCAAACGUGAAAAAGAGGUCCACAAGAUGUUGA